CGGACCGGCUCCCCUCCGGCGCCCCUUGUCUGGCCGCGGGCGAAUGGGCCACCUCCCCCUGGGCGGGCCGGGCCCAGGGAGCCGGGGGCGAUGAAGAAGCAGAAGCAGGGCGAGGGCAGGCGGGACUCCCGGGUCCAGGGGUGGAGCCCGCUCCCCGCCCUGCGCUGCUCCCUGCGGGACUACGGCUUCUGCCUGGGCACCCUGCUCCUCUUCUGCCUGGGGUCCCUCUUCUACCAGCUCAACGGAGGACCCCCGAGCUUCCUGCUGGACCUGAGACCCUAUCUGGGCAAUUCCACUUAUUUGGAUGACCAUGGGCCACCCCCUAGCAAGGUACUUCCUUUCCCAAGCCAAGUGGUAUACAACAGAGUGGGGAAGUGUGGCAGUCGAACCGUCGUCUUGCUUCUGAGGAUCUUGUCAGAGAAGCAUGGUUUCAACUUAGUCACAUCAGACAUUCAUAACAAAACCAGACUGACCAAAAAUGAGCAAAUGGAACUGAUUAAAAACAUAAGUACUGCAGAGCAGCCCUAUUUAUUCACUCGACAUGUUCAUUUCCUCAACUUUUCUAGGUUUGGAGGAGAUCAACCCGUGUACAUCAACAUUAUUCGAGACCCAGUCAAUCGAUUUUUAUCCAACUAUUUUUUCCGGCGUUUUGGCGACUGGAGAGGGGAACAGAAUCACAUGAUCCGGACCCCAAGCAUGAGGCAAGAGGAGAGAUAUCUAGACAUCAAUGAGUGUAUUCUUGAAAAUUACCCUGAAUGUUCCAAUCCCAGAUUGUUUUACAUCAUACCGUAUUUUUGUGGACAACAUCCCCGAUGCAGGGAGCCUGGGGAGUGGGCUCUUGAAAGAGCAAAAUUAAACGUGAAUGAAAAUUUCCUACUUGUGGGGAUCCUCGAAGAGUUGGAAGAUGUGCUGCUUUUACUAGAAAGAUUUUUACCUCAUUAUUUCAAGGAUGUGCUCAGUAUCUACAAAAACCCAGAACAUAGGAAACUUGGAAACAUGACUGUGACAGUGAAAAAGACUGUCCCUUCUCCAGAGGCCAUACAGAUCCUCUACCAGCGUAUGCGAUAUGAAUAUGAAUUCUACUACUUCGUCAAGGAGCAGUUCCAUCUGCUGAAACGCAAGUUUGGACUUAAGUCUCACGUCAACCGGCCACCUCUGAGGCCAGAAUUCUUUAUUCCUACUCCACUGGAAACUGAGGAGCCAAUAGAUGAUGAGGAGCAAGAUGAUGAGAAGUGGUUAGAGGAUAUCUACAAGAGGUGAUACAGACCCUUGUGCCCUCCUCCAAUAGCCUCUUCCGCCUCUGACAGAUUUUCUUUAAAGAGAUCCUUUAUGGGACUGAAUUAAUGCGCCAUAGCAUUGAACAGAACAAAGCAUUCCCACAUGUUGGGGUGACUGGGAGAUACCCGGUUUUGCGGGUUUUAUUUGUUUAAUUUUAUUGAGCGGGUUAGUUUGUUUAUGAUUUUUUCUGCUCCCUCACAAGGAUAGAUUAGAUGGCUCCAUCUCAUGGGCAGGGAACACGUCUGCUAAGUCUGUUAUAUGGUGUUCUCCCAAGCGCUUAGUAGAGUGCUUUGCACAUAGCUGACCAUAAAAUUCCAUCCUGGAAAGGAGCAUCUUACCCACACUCUCUUCUCCCCAAAACGCAUGGGAGUCCUAGCAUUCUGUGCAAGCUGGAUUUUCAGGCCCAUCUCCCUUGACCCAUGCCCUACAACAUUGGAGCAUUGGUCCGCCUGAGCCCAAAUUUUAAAACAAACGGCCUGAGCAGCCAAGCAGACACUUAAAGGAUACCCAGCCCUUAUAGAUGUCUGAAAGGUUCUGGACAUUUAUUCAACACAAUACUGUGAGCUCAUCAUGGGCAGGGAAUGUGUCUGUUUAUUGUUAUAUUGUACUCUUUCAAGUGCUUAGUUUUGCACAAAGUAAGCGCUCAAUAAAUACAAUUGAAAGAACGAAUGAAAGGAUGGUUCUGAUGGAGCUGGUGGUAGGUCCCUGUUUGAGUUUGGCAAUAUAAUCUAAUGGAAGCUCAAGUGGAAAAUUACACAAAACCAAAAGAUCUAGGUUGUAAUGACAAUUUAGCCUCCUUCCUCCCCAUCCCCUGUGCUUAUUGGUCCCACUCGGGCCAUGUAACCCCAUCCUGGUCCAGCCUGUGUCCCCAGGCUCAGCUCUCAUCCCAUCUAUGGGCCAUCUGGUGCCCAUAAAGAACUCUACCCGGUCAUUGCAAUGAGACCCACACAAAACCUUACCUCAGCACUAACAGCGGCCCCCAGUUCCCACAACAUCCACUCCAACAAAAAUUCGGGUGACUUCUAAUUCAAAAAAACCAACUAAGGAGUGUAAAGAAAUGAAAGAGACUUAGGACAAAACCAGAGCCGCUCUCAUCGGUCACACAUAGACAGUUGAGUUCAUUGUUUUGCCUGGAAGUGGGUCUGCCUUGAAAACUUUGAGAAAUCUUAUUCUACAGCUCUCAGCAGGGAAUUUUAUGAGCAUCUUCAUUUUUGAAAUUAGGCGUGAGGGCCGAAGUUUGUGGAGGGGAACGGCUGCUUUCUAAGCAGUAUUGAUACUUUUGCUGUCAUGAGCUGGAUCGCAUUGCUUGGUCAGUCAUGAAGAAACUGCUCAGGUUCAGACCAUUUCUAAUGGUUGGGUAGCAGGGCCAUCCUUACCUUUGAGUUAGGCAGAGACUGGGCAAGGCAUCCCAGGGAGACCUCGACUCCCCAAGCAACCAGGAUUCUGUGAGGCAGCCACUGCUGGAGGAGGUGUGUGUCUGUAUAGACAUGGCCCUUGUACUAGCAUGCCCUUGGAGGGAUGAGGCACCCUUGGAAAUGGGGACUGGGGACUUUGGAAUCACUUGAGGAGGGACAGGGUAGGGAUAUGGGACAAGUCAUCCAACUCAAAAGGGAGAAAUGCCAACCAGUAGUAGAACU